AGCAAAUACACUUUCACUCUCACUCCCUCGUACGGUUCCCACUCACAGCUCACAGCUUCCAGUUUCGCUCUCUGAUUUGCCAACUCCAUCACCACGAUUUCUCCUUUUACAAGUUCCGGAGCUCAGCCGAAACCAAACCCGCCCCGAAUUGGUAGCUGCCUGAGUCAGUCAUUGUGAACACCAAACUAGCUUUACUUCUUCUUCUUCUUCUCGAGGAAAUGGGUAAAUCAACAUCCUCUCUUGUUUCUGUAUACAGUCGUUUGAUUAUUCGAGGAAGCCUUCCAUUUCAUGCUUUUACUUAUUCUACUAAUAGUAUUAGCAGUAGAAGAGAAAAUGCAAAAAUCCCUAAUCAGAAUCGGAAUCAGUUGUUGAAUUCUGUUAGAGAUCACUGCAAAUCUCGAACCUUUAAGAAUCUUGAUCAUGCCUUAGGCCUGUUUGAUAAAAUGCUUCACAUGCACCCUUUGCCUUCCAUUGUCGAUUUUACUCAAUUGUUGGGUGCCAUUGCAAGAAUGAAGCAUUACUCCGUAGUCAUUACUCUAAUUAGAGAUAUGGGCUCCUUUGGAAUUACUCCCGAUGUUUAUAUUCUCAAUGUUUUGAUUAAUUGCUACUGUCAUUUGAACCGGGUCGAUUUUGGGUUCUCUGUCUUAGCAACAAUUUUGAAACUUGGUUAUCAACCAAACCAUAUAAUUCUAAACACUCUUCUUAAAGGUCUCUGUCAUCAAGGUAAUGUUUCUGGAACUGUGAGGUUGGUAGAAGAAAUGGAGAACAAAGGGUAUCAACCUGAUGUGAUUACUGUUGGAACAAUAGUAAACGGUCUGUGUAAGAUUGGGGAGACUAGUGCAGCUAUUAGGUUGCUAAGGACGGUAGAAAAAGGGAAUUUUGAACCUGAUGUGGUGCUGUAUAGCACGAUCAUUGACAGUUUAUGUAAGGACAAAUUGGUAACUGAGGCUUUAAACCUUUUAUCUGAAAUGAUGAGUAAAGGCAUUCAGCCAGACGUUGUCACUUAUAGUUGCUUAAUUCAAGGACUAUGCAAUUUUGGCCGGUGGAGGGAGGCUGCUACUUUGUUGAAUGAGAUGAUGCAAAGGGAGAUCAUGCCAGAUGUGUGGACCUUUAACAUUUUGGUGGACACACUUUGCAAGGAAGGGAUGUUGACAGAGGCAAAAGAAGUUUUUACUAAAAUGGUUCAAAGAGGCAUUGAGCCUGACUCCGUCACUUAUAACUCUUUGAUUGACAGUUAUUGUUUGCAAAACAAAAUGGAUGAUGCUAUCAAAGCAUUUAAUAUGAUGGUUGAGAGGGGUUGUUCACCCAAUGUGUUUAGCUAUAAUAUAUUGAUAAACGGAUAUUGCAAAAGUAAAAAAAUUGACGAGGCAAUGCGUCUCUUUCAUGAAAUGUCCAACAAAGGAAUGAUUCCCGAUGUUGUGACUUACAACACUCUUAUAGGUGGCUAUUGCCGAGUGGAGAGGCCCCAAGCUGCACUUGAGCUAUUCCAUAACAUGCAAGCUUUUGGCCAACGUCCAAAUUCUCAGACCUAUGCCAUCUUGUUAGAUGGCCUUGUUAAGAAUAAACAGAUCGCUGAGGCAAUGGCAUUGUUUCAAGAGAUGGAAGAAAAAAGGCUGAAGCAUCAUAAUACUUUGAUUUAUUACAACAUCUUGAUUGACGGUUUUUGUAAUGUUAGGAAGCUUACAACUGCAAGAGAACUCUUUUAUAGUCUCCCUACCAAAGGAUUGCAGCCUGAUGUUCCAACUUACAAUAUUAUGAUCAAGGGGCUGUGCCAAGAGGGACUAAUAGAUGAAGCAUGUGAGUUGCUUGAGAAAAUGGAUGGGAAUGGUUGCUCACCCAACGAUCGCACAUAUAACAGAAUUAUCCAAGGGUUACUGCAACACAAUAAGACAUCAAAGGCUACGAAAUAUCUCCAAAUAAUGGUUGACAAGGGAUUUUCAGCAGAUGCAACCACUGCAAGCAUAGUAUUUGACAUGCUGUCAUCUAAUCAAGUGGAUAAGAACAUUCAAGAAUAUUUUCAUGUCUCCCUCCCUCCCAAUAGAAAAGAGUGGCCGGUUGAUUUUGCCGCUUUGAAUAAUUGCUAUUUAUGGAUUUUGGAUUCUUUCAUUGUCAAAGAGGAUCUUGGACUUGACAAAAUGCUGAGGGAGAGAAUAAGAGAUGGUGAUCCCGUGGCACAUUUGAAAAAGUGCCCUGAACUAGUUCUCCCAAACCUAGGGGAUAAUGAGAAAAUGAAGGAAUCAGGGUUUGUUGUUCCUCAGGACAUUCCUGAUCACAGCUGGUUAAAACGAAGAUUAGAUGUUGCUCCAAACAGAUCUGGUAUAAGACCAGGAAGACAUUGGGAUGGAGUUGACUGUAGUGCUGGAUUUGAGAAGGGAUUACACCAAGGAUUCUCAGCACCAACUGAAAAUAUGUUCCAUAAAUUAAUUGGUCUCGGUGGUGUGCAGUUGAGCUUCCUUUACUGCUCAAUAGCAGCAGCUGUUUCCUUUGCUAUUGAAAUUCUGUACUCAUGGUGCUUAGUUGCAGAAUUCCAACUCUGCAGAGAUGCUGUAACAAUCCAGGUGCUUGAAAGUGCAGUUCUGAAAUGUGUCUCGAGCUUGCUGGAUCUCUUGUAUAAUGUGGCCCAGGUCGUUUCUGCUUUAUGCAAAAUGAAGAGGGACAUGAACUCUAUGAAACUUGGAGAGGAGAACGAUCAACUGGUGGUGAUCGGGAUAGUUGAUCUUGCCAAAUUGAUUAAAGCUCUGAGGAAUAAGGUUGGGAAGGCAGACAAAAUCACUUUAGAACAAACAACAAAUUACCAUAUCCUUAUUUUGUUUGUUUACUAUGAGAUUGAUAAAGUUUUUAGAAAGGAUCUUAGCUUAGCUACUAAACUGGCAAACAUCUGUCCGGCUGUCAAGGAAGCUCUCAAGGCAACAAAAACCACAGGAUUUAUGAAGGUCUUCAAAUGGAAGGGAUAUGGUUUAGAAAUUAGAAUGUUGGAAAACUACAAGAUAGUUGGGCAUAUUUUGGGAGUGGUUAUCCGUGAUAGUGGGUGUCAUUGUAUUGGGGCUACGUGUGCAAGAAUAGAAGUAGGCAAUGAUUGGAUUGAAGAACAGGCUCUAGGAUUAUGCAGUGCAGUGCAAUUUGCAGUGGAGCUGGGGCUUCAGGAUUUAGUAGUGGAGUAUGAGAUUAAAGGCUUUGUGGAUGAACUAUGUGCAAAGGGUCCCAUUAAUUUACGAAUGGCCACUUCUCAUCCUAAUGUUCCAACUUACAAUAUUAUGAUCAAGGGGCUGUGCCAAGAGGAACUAAUAGAUGAAGCAUGUGAGUUGCUUGAGAAAAUGGAUGGGAAUGGUUGCUUACCUAACGAUCGCACAUAUAACAAAAUUAUCCAAGGGUUACUGCAACAUAGUGAGACAUCAAAGGCGACAAAAUAUCUCCAAAUAAUGGUUGACAAGGGAUUUUCAGCAAAUGUGACCACUGCAAGCAUGUUAGUUGACAUGGUGUCAUCUAAUCAAGUGGAUAAGAACAUUCUAGAAUUUCUUCAUGCCUCCCUCCCUCCCAAUAGAUAAAACCAUCUCUAUAAUGGAGUUAGUUUAUUGUUUUACUUUGUAUUGUAAUUAUAUUGACAUAUUGAUAAUGAUUAAGAACCGACUGGGUAUAUUUGUUUCAAGUUUUUCUUUUAUAUGGUGAUAUUUCUUUUCUUGUA